AUGCAAUGGGGUGUAGCUGCGGAGACUGCACCGAAGAUGUCUAGCAAAGUUUCAUUCCUAUUGAAUUGGCAGCCUGCGCCAUACCACAUUGCGAUUUUUCUAGCCCAGUCCAAGGGCUACUUUCAGCAGGAGGGUGUGGACAUUGCGCUGCUCGAGCCCACGAACCCGUCCGACGUGACGGAGUUGAUCGGUGCGGGCAAGGUUGACAUGGGCCUAAAGGCGAUGAUCCAUACGCUGGCCGCUAAGGCACGUGGUUUCCCGGUCACUUCUGUUGCAUCGCUGCUGGAUGAGCCGUUCACCGGGGUUCUGUACCUGCGUGGCAACGGAGUCACAGAUACUUUCAGCUCUCUCAAGGGGAAGCGUGUCGGAUAUGUCGGUGAGUUCGGUAAGAUCCAACUAGAUGAGCUGACCAAGUACCAUGGUAUGUCCCCCGAAGACUAUAAAGCAGUCCGGUGUGGUAUGAAUGUCGCCAAGCAUAUCAUCCAGGGUAAAAUUGACGCUGGGAUUGGUAUUGAGUGCAUGCAGCAGGUGGAGCUAGAGGAGUAUUGCAGAACCUCUGGUCGGUCUGUAGAGGACGCGCGGAUGAUGCGCAUUGACCAACUGGCAUGUUUGGGCUGUUGCUGCUUCUGCACUAUUCUAUACAUAUGCAAUGAUGAAUUUUUGGCGGCUAAUCCUGACAAGGUCCGUUCUUUCCUCCGUGCAGUCAAGAGGUCCACGGAGUUUGUUUUGAACGAACCUGAGCAAGCGUGGAGAGAGUACCUGGUGCUCAAACCACAGUUGAACAACGAGCUUUCCUACAAGCAGUAUCAGCGCUGUUACGCGUAUUUCUCUUCCUGUUUGUACAACGUCCACAGGGACUGGCGCAAGGUGACCGGUUACGGAAAACGACUGGGUGUGCUACCUCCCGGAUAUGUGGCUAAUUAUACAAAUGAUUAUCUUGCUUGGGAAGAGCCCGAAGAAGUUGCGGAUCCACUUGAAGCGCAACGUUUAAUGGCGGUCCAUCAAGAGAACUGUAGGGACAUGGGGGGUUUCAAGAGGUUGGAUCUUGCUAAACUGCAGCGCAGCUGA